AUGUGUCUCCAGGUUUUAGAAGAGCGCAGUGACACUCAGUGGCAACUUUCUCCAGAUCAGAAGGCCAGAGUCUUACAAGAUGGAAGUCCAAACAAUCACCUUUACAAGCAAAAGGAGCUAGAAAUGGCUCAUAAGAAAACUAGUUCUAAGGUAGUUGUGAGACAACUUCAACAAGAACUGGCUGAUACUCUGAAGAAACAGUCUAUGUCACAUCUUCAUCUGGAAGAUGAAACACGGAAUCUCAAGAAGAAAUUAGGUCAAAUCAGAAGUCAGGCUGAUGUCCUUACAACAGAACUGGAAACUACAUCUUCAAAAUGUCUACACCUGGAUGCAAAAAAUCAAGUUCUUCAACAAGAGUUAUUAUCAAUGAAAUCUUUCGAAGAAGAACGUGAAAAACUAGAGAGCAAUAACAAGAAGUUACAGCAAGAAGUAGUAAAAUUGAAACAAUUUAUGGAAAUGAAUAUGGUAGAACGCAGUCAAGUGGAACAGUAUAAACGGGAGAUUGAAGAAAGAGCACGACUGGACAUAGAAGAAAAAUUACACGAAGUCAACCUGUUUUUACAGGCACAAGCAGCAGCUCAAGAAGACUUGGACCAGUUAAGAGAAAAUGCUCAUGCUUCAACGAGAAGUCAAAUGGAACUUAGAAUUAGAGAUCUGGAAUCUCAGGUCUCUACAAUGAAGACUUCUCAAGAAGAUUCGACUAAAACAGAGUUGGAAACCUACAGGCAACUCUACCUAGAAGAAUUAAAAGUUAGAAAGUCCUUGAGAAAUAAGCUGAACAGGACUAAUGAGAGACUGUCAGAGAGCAAUACAAAACUUCUUGUGGAGAGACAGCAGCACCAAACUUUACUCAGGACCCUUACUAUGAGCCCAGGCCUGGAACCACCUUAUUGUGGACAUUUUGAAAAUAAUUUAGUGCUCAAUGGAAACUUUACUCCAGGAGGAAACUUAGUGAUUCCUACCUUGAACCCACGGCCGUCAUAUGACUACUGAGAGACUUCCUUGUGGAAGAUGCAGCGGGAGUUGGAAAAAGAAUAACCAGAGCACUAGAAGAAGCUGCUACCGAAUUUGAAUGAGGAUCCUGUAGAAAUCCUUUAGUAUCUACUGAUGAUUCAAUUCUAAAUCAAGAUCCAGUAUGGAAAGC